CUUUCACAUAGAAGGAAAUGACACAACAAAGAGCAAUGGUCUGCAGAGCGAUGAUUCUUGCACUGCUCACAGUAUGCAUAGCGUCUGCAGUAGAUGUUUCAGGGCACAGUGGUUCUCGAUGUUUGUGCCGCAACACACAGGAAGGUUUUUCUGUCAGACGCAUAACCAAAGUUGAAAUUAUUCCUCGGAGCAGCUCCUGUGACAAUAUUGAGAUCAUUGCUACCUUGAAAAAUGGGAUUCAGGUGUGUUUGAAUCCAGAGGCUGCAAGAGUACAGAAAGCUCUCGGCCGAUUGAUGGAAAGGAACAGCUCCAAACCAACUCCAACUAUCUGAAAGUCUUCACUGAGAUCCCAAUGAAGAUUCAAUGGAAGAGGCGCCCCCCCUUGAUUAUUCCAUACUUACCUUCAUUUAAAAAAAAAAAAAAAAAAAAAAAAAAAAAAAGAUUUCUAAUAUAUUUAAUUAAUUGAAGUUAAAAGAACUGAGUAAUAUAUACACACACACACACGUUUGCCUUUGUUGUGUUUUCUCUGGCUGCACUAUAGGCCUAUAUAUUGUAUG